AUGGCUUCGUUUAAGACAACUUUUGUGCCUACAUAUCAUCACGCCACCUACCCUGCGAUUUCGGAGAGCAACCCGGAAUUGUCCUGCAAGGGUAAAGUCAUCUUUAUCACCGGAGGUGGCCGAGGCAUUGGUCGCGCGGUUGCCAAGUCAUUUGCUGUUGCUGGAGCCAGAGGCAUAUUCCUUGUUGGAAGAACUAAGUCGGAUUUGCUAGACGCGGUCAUGGAGAUUGCCAAGCUGACUGAGUCUGCUGAUGAUCCAACCGUCGUUCGUCAUGCCGAAGCUGAUGUAACGGAUAUGAAGGCUGUUGCAUCUGCUUUCAAACUGGCCAUUGAAGCAUUUGGCCAUAUUGAUGUUUUGAUACAGAAUGCGGGGUAUCUGGAUGGGCAUCGCUCUGUUUCCAGUUCGAAUCUCGAUGACUAUUGGAAGACCUUCGAGGUGAAUGUUAAAGGAGGUUUAAUAGUUAUUCAACAAUUUCUCAACCAUCCUAUUCAGGUUGGUGACACGAUCAUCAAUAUCGGAUCUGGAGCCGGGCAUAUGCCUUAUAUCCCAGGCUAUUCAGCGUACUCAGCUUCGAAGCUUGGUCUUGCAAAGAUAGUUGAAUAUGUUCAACAUGAAAAUCCUCAUUUACGGGUCUUCAACAUCAACCCAGGCGCUAUUGCAACUGAGAUGCAGGCCAAAGCUGGGGAUAUUGCUGCGUCGGAUGACAUUGGACUCCCUGGGUCUUUUUGUGUGUGGUUAGCUGUUUCCAAGGAGGCAGAUAAUCUCAAAGGCAGAUUUCUUUGGUCCAACUGGGACGUAACCGAACUGAAGCAGCGUGUGAUCGAGAUCAGAGAAAAAAAUCUCCUGGUUCACGGCCUGAUUGGCAUGUGA